AUGGACGAGGUGUCCUCCACCCUCCCGCAAAUUCCUCCACACAUCCACCCAUGGCUCCGCGCCGUCGUGGCCCUCGGCUUCCUCUCCUUCAUCGCCUCCGUCACUCUCCUCGUCCUGCUCGCCUACCGCCUCAUCCAAUGGCGCAUCAAAUCGAAGCGCAGCAACCAAUUCGUAAUCCUCAUCUUCAACCUCCUCUGGGCGGACAUCCAGCAAUCGCUCGCCUUCCUCCUCAAUGUCGAAUGGCUUCGGCUCGACUCCGUCGUCGUCGAAAACCCCAUCUGCUUCGCGCAAGGCUGGCUGGUGAGCACGGGAGAUCUGGCAUCGGGGGUCUGGUGCUUUCUCAUCGGCUUGCAUACGUUUGCGAGCGUCAUUCUGGAUUACAGGCUCAAACCUCGGACCUUCUUUGUUGCGAUUGUGGCCAUGUGGGUGUUCAUUUAUGGCGUCAGUGUGAUUCCGGUGGCCAUGUUUGAAGAGGAGAGUUAUGUGCGCAGUGGAGUUUGGUGUUGGAUCCAUCACGAUUUGAAAGACUUGCGCUUGUGGACUCACUAUGUCUGGAUCUUCAUCUUCGAAUUCGGCAACGUAAUCGUCUACGCCAUCAUCUACACCAUCCUCCUCCAACGCGUCCGCAGCGGGGCCUACACGCCCUCGGAAGCCAAACACGCAAAGGCAAUCUCGAACCUCAUGGUCGUCUACCCCAUCGUCUACGUCGUCUGCACGCUCCCCCUGGCCUCGGCCCGCAUGGCCGCCAUGUCCAACAAACCCCCUUCGCUCGCCCGCCUGUGCCUCUCGGGCGCCAUGAUCACCUCCAACGGCUGGCUCGACGUCCUCCUCUACACCCUCACGCGCCGCAUCAUGAUCUUCAGCGACGAACCCCCCGCCGACGACAACGGCAUCGACACCUUCUCCGCCUUCUGGUCCGCCAGCGGCAAACGCUUCGGCGCCGCGUGCACCAUCGAAGCUGGCGGAGCUCCCGUCGUGCUAAAGGGGGACUCGGCGCCUUCUUCGCGGUCGCAUGCGCACGGCGGCCGUCGGUCGCGGUCGCGCUCGCACCACUGGCGGCAAGCUGCGGGCCGCGGCCUGAUUUCCCUAUCGUCCAGCAAAAACGAGAGCGCAGACGAUUUGUGCAAGAAUCCCUCUUCCUCUUCUGCUUCGGCGGGACACUUUGAGAUGGGCGAUCGCGACAUCAAGCUCGUGACGACGACGUAUGUGCACAGCGAGCCGGCGGCGCCCGAGGACGUCGAGGAGAUGGAGAAGGAGGCGAGGAGGAAUCGGCCCCGGACCCCCGUGGGCAGGUGGAGUGAGGAGAGUGCGGGCGGGAAGGAGUUGGAGAUGCAGUUGGCGAGGAUGGGGUGA